AACACACCAAAAUAAAAACACCAAAUGCAAUAUGAGCUUAGAUACAAUCUCUUCAAGUUCUUCAAGCUCUUCCUCCUCAAGUAUAACUGAUGAAAUUUAUGAUCACAUGGUCAUGAAUUAUAUAAAUGAGAGUCAACGUUUACUUGCGAUGCAAAAGUCGGUGCUUGUAGCUGUUAACAAUUCAGUACAACAUGAUAAUCAAAAACGUCCAAGAAAACGAAGGGAAACUGUGCCUAGAAAUCGUGAAGCGGCUCACGACAAUCUAGUUGCAGAUUACUUUAGUAAUCAACCGGUAUACAAUGAUACCGUAUUUCGAAGGAGGUUUCGUAUGAGGAAACCCUUGUUCCUUGGGAUUGUGGACGCAUUAAGCGCAAGUAAUCGCUAUUUCCAACAACGUCCCGAUGCUACCAUGCGUCUUGGUGCUUCACCCCUUCAAAAAUGCACCGCGGCUAUACGUAUGUUAGCUUAUGGUUGUUCAGCUGAUCAAGUAGAUGAAUAUCUAAAGCUUGGUGAAAGUACUGCUAGAGAAUGUCUUUCACAAUUUGUCGAUGGAGUUAUUGCUCAAUUUGCAACUGAGUACCUCCGCAAGCCAACACCGGAAGAUAUGCAGCGUCUACUAAGAGAAGGGGAGGCUAGAAACUUCCCCGGCAUGCUUGGCAGCAUUGAUUGCAUGCAUUGGGUAUGGAAAAAUUGUCCAGCUGGAUGGAAAGGAAUGUAUCAAGGCCGAUCUAAAACGGCCACUGUUAUCUUGGAAGCGGUUGCAUCUAGGGAUUUAUGGAUUUGGCACGCCUUCUUUGAGACUCCUGGGUCGUGCAAUGAUAUUAAUGUACUACAACGUUCUCCGGUGUUUGAUGAUACAAUAAGUAAUCGUGCUCCACAAGUUCUGUUCACAGUUAAUGGAAACACUUACACAAAAGGAUACUAUCUCACCGAUGGCAUUUAUCCAAAGUGGUCGACAUUUAUAGAUGCGGUUACGGCCCCUCAAACAGCCAAGGAUACGUUAUUUACUAAACGUCAAGAGAGUGCGAGAAAGGAUGUUGAACGUGCUUUUGGUGUGUUACAAGCUCGUUUCGCAAUAAUCAGGAAGCCUGCUUUGGCAUGGACUGUAGAUCUGUUGUGGAAAAUUAUGAUGACUUGCAUCAUCAUCCACAACAUGAUUGUUGAAGACGAGCGUGAUACAUAUUUAAAUUAUAAAGAUCCACUCGAGUUUGCCGAUGAACAGCCUGAGAAUAUGCCGGGGUCGUCCUCAACUAGGAAUGCAACAACAUUCACCGUCACUCCCGAACAUUAUGAUCCAGAUAAUUUCGGUACAUUGAUAGCUUCGAGAGGGGAGAUUCGUGAUAGAAAUGUCCAUAUGGCUUUGAAGAACGACUUGAUCGAGCUUUUAUGGGCACAAUCUAGGAGGUCGGAUGAAAAUUAAACAUUUUAGUAAUUUUUAAAGUUAUGUUUGUUAUUUUUUCUUUGCGUGUUAUUUUAAUCAACGUAAGUCAUGUUUUUUUUAUUCGUGUCGUUUAAUCUUUGUAUUUCAUGUUGUUAAUCAAUGAAUUUUAUGUUUUAGAAUUCGUCUCGUUUAAUUAAUGUGUCUAAUUAAUAGAAUGAUCUACAUAUUAAUUAUUAUUAACAACAUGUACACCAAUAAUAAUAAUAAUUAAGUUUAUUAAUUCCCCUCAAAAAAAAUAUAUAUAUAAUUUGAAAAGGGAAUAAAUGGUGGGGUAUAUGUAAGUAGGAGAGAGAAAGUGGGAAAGGAUACUCAUGGA